GCUUGACCAGCUCGACGAAAGAGGCAGCCAUUUAUUUGUAGCCGCUUGCCCUCUCCCUUGCAUCUCUGAUGGUGGGGAAGGAAAGCUCACGUCCAUGGCAGAGCUUGACAGCGGUUGGGUGGGCGAUGUCCGCAUCGCGUCGCCAAUCACCACCCGGCUCCUCAACGAUGGCUUCGCCCUGCUUCGCUUCGACGAAUCCGAGAAGCUCCGCGAUCUGGAGGCCCGCUUGCUACCGCAGCUGGCGCUCAUGCUGGAGAAGACGGAGAGGAUCCCAACAGGCCAGAUGCCUCAUGUCGAGCUGUGGGCGAAAAGGCUCAGGGCCGCCUUCUACGACGCCGAAGAUAUCCUGAAUGUCGCCGAUUAUCACCGCCUCGAGAACCAGAAAAGUCUGGAGUUUUCGAAGAUUUCUCUGGAGUCUCCGAACAUAGGGGUUUCUUGCAGAAUGUGUCCAGAGUACAGACACGUGCGGAGUCUCCGGACAUCUCCGCAGUCUCCGAAGGUGUUGUUUGGAGUCUCCCAAGAAUUCUUCUGAGCCUCCGGAAUUUAACAUGUUGACAUCAAAUUUUGGGUGAAGGGGUAUAAAUACCCCCUCACCCAUUCCACAUUUACUCUCUCCGACCAGUUUUUACUGCCUCCAUUCCUGAGCAUUGAAGAGCCUUCACUCCCCUUUUGACUUCCAAGUGAGAUUUGGUGACGGGAUUGAAGGGAAAUUGAAGGGAGAGCAAGUGAGUGUGCUAGUGAGCUGAUUUUCCAUCUCUUGAGCACCUCGUUCUUCAUCAAGCCGGUGGAUUUCGUGUUUGUUACUUUUGGAGCUUCAAGCUCCUAGCCGGCUAGGCAUUGUCCGUUGAGCAUCCAAGCUU